AGAAACCAAUGCUAAAUAUUCAAAACGUCAUGCAAUUCCAUUCAGUUUCACCAUACAGCGCUCAGAUGGAAGCAGAGCCACAGAAACAUACUAACACCGCUUUAACUCUUCUGAUGUACAGGGUUAAUUUUGGUAGUGUUUAAGUCGAGUCUGCUGAAUAAUUGUAUUUAGUUUGUAACAAACACUGAUGUGAAAGAGGAAGUGGUCUAAGCUGAGCAGGUUCACAGCAGAGGAGGAUCCACAGACAGGAGGUGUCACUCUCAUCCUACAGUGUUCAAUAAAGCCCAUCAUUCUAUCUGCCUGUUGAAUGUUGUUAAUCCUGCAUCAGAAACAAAGCAGCUGCUUCAGGAAGGGGGUUGUGUCUCUUCAGUACAGUCGUGGGUCUGACAGUUUUUCUGGAAGCCUCUGAGGUCCAGUUUUGUUAUUUGUGAGGAGUGAGUGCUCUGGAGUGCAGAGAAGAUCUUUAGCUACAGAAAAAACACCAUCAGAGCUGCAAAACUCCCUACUGUCCUGUUCCUGGGCUUUCAUCAGUUCUUCUGCAGCUCCUGCUUGUAAUCAUGAAGCAUCAGAAUCACAAAGACAAGGUCAUAAAGAUUCUGGAAGAGGCUCCGAACGCCAGGAAAGCUCUGCUGGAGAACUACACCAACCUGCUGCAGGUGUCUGAGUACUGCCAGGAGAACUACCUAAAGGCAGGCAAUGACAGCACCCAGGCCCUGGAGGCAACCAAGAAGUUCACCACUCAGUCCCUGGCCAGCGUCACCUACCAGAUCAGCAGCCUGGCCAGCAGCGUGCUGAGUCUGCUGGACGCUCAGACCAACCAGCUACGUCACGUGGAGGCUUCCAUCAACGUGAUCGCGCAGACGGUGGAGAUGCACAAAGAGAAAGUGUCUCGGCGAGAGAUUGGUGUCUUCACAACCGUUAGACGGGUCCCACGCAGCCACAAGAUCAUCUCCCCUCAGCCUGCAAAUGCACAGGCCCGGCCUCCCUACAGCCGCCGACCCAUCAGCUACCAGCAGCUGGACGGACUGGGCCAUGGCGUGAAGGUCUCUGGGAAACAGUCGGACAGGACAGGAACCAUCCGAAAACACGGUGCCUCUGUCAGGUCCAACAAGCCUCCAGAACCAGUCCAGUGCCCAGUGCCCCCUCCUGUCAGCGGUUCCAGUUUUGGAAAAAAUGUUGCUCCGCCCACCAUCCCCUCCUCCUGGCAGGCCGCAUCUGAGUGUGACAUCAUCACUGCACUCCUGGAGGACGCCCCGCCUCCACAGGCUAGUGAGGCCCAGGCCCAGAAUGAUGAGGUCAUGACUGAUUCUCUCCCACCACCUGAUGUGUCUGCAGAGAUGGUGGCGCCCCAGCCCCUGCCUCCUCCUCCUCCUCCUCCUCCUCCUCCUCUUCCUCCUCUUUCUGAUCCACCUUUAAAAGUGGUGACUAAUGCUCCAGCCCCAUCCUUGCCUCCACCAGUCAGCCUAGAGACAGUGGUUGAGGAGAACAGCCUGCCCCCUCCGCCCCCUCCUCCUCCCUCUGAUGAUGACCUCCUCCCUUGUUUGGCCAAUGACAGCUCAGAUCUGCCAGCACCGCCCCCUCCACCUCCAACCAUUCAGGAAGUAGACGUGACCCUCCCACCUCAGAGGAGUCGCCGCCACCGCUCGCCCCCUGCCAGUCGCUCUCUCUCGCUGAGGGUCCGCUCAGGCCCCGCUUCCCGCGCCCGCUACACUCGCUCUGUCUUUCUGCCUGCUGUCCAGUCAUUAACGGUCCCCCCUCCUCCCCCAUACCCUCCCCCCUGUGCCCCUACCUCCCCUCUCUCUCCUUCCUUAUUUUCCCUACUCCCCUGCUACGCCUCCUCUUCCUCAUCUCGACUUUGCUUACCUGCUCGUCUUCAACAUCUAGAUCUGGAGAUUCCAGCUCCGCCUCCUCCUCCGCUCGUAGACCAUGACGCUGGCUUUGAGGACAUGAUUCCCCCCCUCCCUCCACCAGUGGACUACGACACCGCUGCCCCCCCUGACUACCUGGAAAAAGUGGUGGCGCUCUACUCCUACGAAGCCACAAAGCCUGACGACCUGUCCAUCACCGAGGGCGACAUCAUCUACCUGACGCGUCGUCAUGAUGAUGGUUGGUGUCAGGGUGUUCUCAACGGUAUAAGAGGCUUCUUUCCUGAAAACUAUGUCGAGUCAUGCAGCUAGAUUGUUGCCAUGGAGAUGGUUGGUUGGCUUUCAUUAACAUUGCUAUGUUCUAAAACAAACACGUUCUAAGUUUAACAUGUUACAAAAUGUCUUUUAGGUUGCGUCAUCAGGGCCUUGUUCAUCUGCCAUCUUCAAAUAAUAUACAUGAAAAUAUACUAAUAUAAAGCAGAAUCUGUUCUUUUUUAUCUGUGUGUAAAAUAUGUGACUUUUAUUAGUGAAGCUCAGUUUUAUUUUAUCCACAAACUGAUUUCACGGCUCAAAAAUAUCAGCUUAUUUCACUUUAAAAUGUCCAAUUGACAGUUCGGCAUGCACUGAAGUAUUGCUGCAUGUACUGAAGUGUUUUUACUACAGUUCUGCUCUGCCUUUUUCAGGUCAAAUGUAGGUAGUGCCACCUGCAGGUCACAGACUUGAUAUGAUAUGAUAUAUUGAAUGAAACCACUGAUAUUGACAAUAACCCAAUAAACGUGUGAGCUGAUUAUUUAGUCAUAACUUGUUUAACUCGCAGGGUAGAGCUUGUUUUUUUCUUUUUAUUUAUAAAUUUUUGUUUAUAAACUGCUUCAUCUGCUCAGGUUUACAUUUGACUGCGCUUUUAUGCUUCCUCUACUGUUCACCGUAUGUCUGCGCAGGGGGGAAGUACAACAAUCACUCACCAAUGUCCCAAUCUCACUGUUGACACGCACAAAUCACCACAUAGAGCUGGAUGCUGAGCUGCUGUGCUCCUCCCAGUCCUUCCACCUGUAGUCGGUGGUCGAUUCUGCAAGCUUGGGGGCGAUUCGAUAAGUAAAUACUGGACCAGUAUUGUCGAUACCGACACCGAUACACUUUGACAAUUAAUGCAUUAUCAAAUAUAAAUUUAUUUUUAUGACUUUAGGGUGUUUUGUUUUGUUUAAAAUAGUAUUAUUAACCCAGACAUAGUUCAACAGUAAUUAUAUAAAAAAAUAAAUUGGUGGUGUUGCCACGGUAUUUAACAUAUUGUAUUUAGCAUUAACAUGUAUUUUUUGCAGAUUGUACAAAUUGCCGUUGUUUCAUUUUCGGCUUCAAAAUAUAAACACACGCUGCCACUCUU